CACGGCUCUCUUGUUUUACUUUGGCCACCUAAUUCGCAUCCGCCAACACUAUCCCAUCAUCUGCGUCUGUCUGUAUUAGAGAGUUUCUUUCUUUCAAAGCCCUCUAAAACCUAAUUCAAAGGACCUUCAAAGUCUCUCUCUCUCUCUCCCUCUUUUUUUGUUUUACUCCAAAAGGCAAAAGCUGUAUUGCAUGUAACCUUUUGGAGAUAUUUGGAUAUGAAAUUUCAGAUCUAUGCGAAAGUUCCUUUAGGCCUUUUUUUUUCAAAUCUCUUCUGUUCAUAUGUCGAAUUACCUUUUUGUCCCUAGAGAGUUAUGGCUCCUAUAUAAAUAUGUACUAUCAUCAUUCUCUUAAAACUCUCACAAUACGAUACUUUUAGUAGGAGAUCGUAGAUCGGGGAUGGAGAGAGAAUGCGGGUCGAAGAAGACCUUGUUCAGCGAAGAGGAGCUGCAAGAGAUUAGUGGGGUCAUUGUGGGAGAUGAUUACGUGGAGGUGAUGUGUGGCUGCACGAGCCACCGUUACGGAGACGCCAUUGCUAGGCUUAGGGUUUUCUCAGAUGGAGACCUCCAAAUCACUUGCCAAUGCACUCCCGCUUGCCAUGAAGACAAGUUAUCGCCUGCUGCCUUUGAGAAGCAUUCUGAGAGAGAAACCUCUAGAAACUGGAGGAACAACGUGUGGGUGUUCAUUGAGGGAGACAAAGUUCCGCUUUCAAAGACAGUGCUGCUCAAAUACUACAACCAAACAUUGAAGAAUAACUCCAACGGAUCCAAAGUGACUCAUCGGGAUGAGUUUGUUGGAUGCAGCAAAUGUGGGAAGGAGAGGAGGUUCAGGUUGAGGAGCAGAGGGGAAUGCCGGAAGCACCAUGAUGCCUUGGCUGAGCCCAAUUGGAAGUGCUGCGAUUACCCAUACCACAAGAUUACAUGUGACGAGGAGGAAGAGAGAGUGAGCAGGAAAGUUUACAAAGGUUGCACUCGUUCCCCGUCUUGCAAAGGCUGCACUUGCUGUGUUUGCUUCGGCUGCAACCUCUGUCGUUUCGCAGAUUGUAACUGCCAGACUUGCCUGGACUUCAUCACCAACACCAAACCCAUUUGACUUCAUUUCUCUAACUUUUACUUAAAAAUUAUUCAGCAAAGACCUUUUUGUAAUUCUUGAAUGAUGGCUGCUGGAUGCGCCUUUUAAUUAUAUAGCUUUGUUUUUGUGGUAACUGGAGAAACCG